AUGUUCCAAAGGUUCAAGAGCGCAAUUGAUAGGACGAUUGCCGAGGAGCAGGCUCGCCAAAGCGAACAGCGGACUGUAUCCCCCUCUGGUAAUCGCCAGCGCUCUCUUUCGAGGUCCAACAGCGCCAAGGACUCACCAGCGAAGCGGAGGGCCAAGAAGCCUGGACAAGAUGCCGCCAACGGCGACAGUCUGCCUAACACGGAUCCUGCCGUCUUUGAGGCUGCCUUUGCCUUGGACGAGGAGGAAGCAGAGGCCAAAACUCUUGUCGAGCAGCCACUAGGUGAUUCCGAAAAGAACGGCUCGACCGAAGGCUUGAGCGCAGAGAAGAAGAGCACGGAGGGCGACAGUCAGGUCAGGGAAAAGACGGAAGAUGCGUCUGCCGCACCCAAUGAGAAAGACGGCAAACAGGAGGCUGCCCCUGCUCCUGCCGAGCUGCCGUUGGAGGUCAAGACAAGGCUACGAAAGCUGGAGAAGCUGGAGAAGACCUACCCUGAGCUUUUACGUUCCUACCGUAUUGCGCAUGGACGUGCCACUUCAAUAGAGCCAUUCGAGCGGGCCCUCCGUGAGAACACGCCACUUACAACCAUCAAGGACCCUGCUGCCCUUAUUGAAUACAUUAAUAACCAGAACUUGCAACGCGAUAUGGUUAGGGACGAAUUCAAGCGAGUUUCGGCCGAAAGGGAUAGUUUUAAGAAAAACGCAGAAGAUGCGGAUAAGGAACUCUUAGCGCUCAAGGAGCAGUUGGCUGCGCUCAAGGCCACCAAACCGGAAGAAACUCUGCAGACCGACAGCGCCACUAAAGCCAAAGAUGAGGCAGGGUCCAAAGAAGUUCCGUCACCAGCAGUCAAACCACCUGUUCAGUCGAACGAGAAUGCGGAUGUGGGCGAGGACAUGUUCUCCUACGAGGAUGAAAUUCCCCAACUACAAGCCGAGCUUACCUCCAAGUCCGAGGAGAUGGCAAAGCUUAAAUCCGAAAUUGGCAACUUGAAGGAUGAGCUCGCAGUCGCCAAAGAGAACAGUGCUGGCCUUGUCGAGAGCCUGGAGAAGGCGACCCGUGAGUUAAACGAGGCCAAGGAUACAUCUGCUGUUCAGACUUCGUUGCAGACCCAACUGGACGCCCGAGUGAGUGAGAUUGAGAGUUUGACCCAGAAACUGGAGCAAGCACAGUCUCAGUUGCGUGAGGUCGAGAGCAGCUUGGAGAAAGAAAAAACUUCCACGGCUGAUACAGCGAAAGAGCACCAAAACGCACUAAAGGCAGCCAAAGACGACAAGACCAAGGCCGCGUCUCAACUGCGAGAGUUACAGAAGAAGAUUGAGGACCUGACUUCCGAGAUUGACUCUUUGAAGAAGUCAAAGACUGAAGAUCUGGACAAGAUUGAGAAACUAAACAAGCAGCUCCAGGACGUGCCUCCUUCUCCAAGUCUUGUUCCGCCUGCGCCGUCAGAUAAGACAGACGCCCCGGCAGCCGCUACAGCAACAGGUGGUUCUAAGAAGAAAAACAACAAAAAGAAGAAGAAGGGGGCCGCCGCUACCGCUACUGCUGCGACGGGCGAACCUGCCGCUACCGAGACAGCACCGGCCACGCCGACGGUAGCAACUACAGAAAUACCUGAAGCCUCUGAACUGCGCGAGGAAAUUACAAAGCUCAAGGCUGAGAUUGCCGAGAAGGACACUCGGAUUGAGAAAUUAUCGGUGCAGCGAAAGACGGAAGAGGACCUCCGCGAAGAGCUUGAGACCGUGCAAGAUUCGCUUCUUGAGAUUGGCGGCAAUCACACUGAUGCCAUGCAGAAGAUCAAGGAGCUUGAGUCUGAAAAGGCUACGCUCAAAGAACGCAUCAAGGAGCUGGAAGUCGAGGUCGCCUCAUUCACGUCCAAUGCCGAGUCAAGUUCAAAGGUGCAGUCCGAGUUGGAUGCCCUCAAGAACGAGUAUGAUGAACUCAAGACAAAGUCUCAAACUCUGACCUCCGAUCUCGGUGCUGCACAGCAGCUGGCCCAAACCCGGUAUAAGGAUCUGACUGACCUCCGUGAGGUCCUUCAAAAGGCACAGCCUGAACUCAAGUCAUUGCGUCAGGACUCAGCCACGCUGAAGACGACCAAAGAGGAGCUUGCAUCUAAGCAGACAGAGAUUCGAAACUUGGAGAAGAGGGAAAAGGAGCUGAAGGCAGAAGUCACUCGCCUACAGCGCGUGGCAUCCGAGAGAGAAGGCGAAAUGCGCAACCUCAAUGACCGCCUAUCUAUCGAGGCAAAGACCCGAGCCAAGUUGGAGGACGAAAAACGUGUUGCUGGCAGGGACUUUAGACGCAGCGAGGCCGAAAAGAUAGAAAUCUCAGCCAAAGCUGAAAAGACGGCUCGAGAGCUCGAAUCCUUGCAGUCUGAACUCAACAACGUCAAGCCAAAGAUCAAGGCUCUAGAGGAUCAACUGGAGAAGCUGAGCAAGGAACGUGACAGCCUCAAAGAACAAGCGGAGCUGAAGGCAGCACAAUACAACUCGGUCCAGGGCUUGCUCGGAACGAUGCGUGAUCAAACAUCUGAGCUCAGCACACAGCUCAAGGAAUCGAGAAGUCAAGCCGAGAGUCUCGAGGAGGAGCUUGCAGAGGUGCAGAAACAUCUGCAAGAACGUACACGAGAGGGCGAAACGAUGCGCCGCAUGAUCAAUGAGGUCGACUCCCGCGCAGACGCCAAGGUCCGCGAAAUGCGGUCCCGAAUGGAGGCUGCAGUCGAAGAGCGAGACCGCAUUGAGGAUGAGUCAUCUACUUUGGCACGCCGUAGAGCAAGGGAGGCCGAGGAGCUCAAAUCAAAGGUUCGCGAGCUGGAGAGAGAUGUCAAGACUUUGGCUUCCGAAAAAGAACAGCUCGAAACGCGAGAGAACGAGUGGCGGCGACGCCGAGAAGAGCUUGAGGAGGUCGAGCAAAAGGCCAGUGCCGAGGUGGAGGAUAUGCGUUCUGCGGUAUCAAAUCUACGGUCUGCACUGGACAACUCGGAAACACAGGUCAGAGAAGCCGAAAAGCAAAAGGCAGAUCUCAGGAAGCUGCUUGACGAUGCACGAUCACGAUAUGAAAAGCUGAACAAGGAGCUCAAGACUGCCCAAGGAAGGCUUGCCGGUGCCGGACCCGCGAAUAGCAGCAGAAGCAGCAUCGACAGUUCACGAUCAGGCACACCCGUGAAUACUGGCGGUGCACAGCCACCAGUUGACACUCUAUACUUGAAAACCAUCUUGCUUCAAUUUUUGGAGGUCAAGGAUGACAAGGUCAGGAGUCAGCUCGUGCCCGUGCUCGGUAAACUGCUCCGCUUUGACCGGAAUGACGAACAGAAGUGGGCCACUGCUGUCCAGAAUCUAUCCAAGCCGGGUCGAUAG